AUGGGCUCCAGGGUCAGCCACCAGCUCCAGGGGGUUGUGGCAGCCUCCCGCCGGGCCGGGAGCCCUGAGCAGGGCGUGGCCCACCUUGACCAGCCCGCACCUGGGUGGAGUGGGCCGGCCGACGCCUCCCCAGCCAGGCACGCGUGUGGGCCGAACCUCGAGGGCCGGGGGACCCUGCGCACACCUGCCUGCCCCGGCCCACCUGCCCCGCCCGCACCUUCAUUAGGCUGCGCUUGGGCCGGGCAGGCGCCAAAGAGGCUGAAGGCCAGGGUUGGGGAGGCAGUGGCAGCCCCCUGUGGGCCCCCAUCGGAUCCAGCCCUCCACCACCCUGUACCUUGUGGGCUGGGCAGGGGCCCCUGCCACCUGGCCAACCUGCUCAGCACAUUGGCAUCGGGCAGCCCCGGCUCCAGCCAGAAGCAGGGGCCCCCAGAGGGACCCUGCCAACCUAGGAAGAAAAGCCGGACCCUGUACCGUUCAGACCAGUUGGAGGAGUUGGAGAAAGCAUUCCAGGAAGACCACUACCCGGACAGCGACCGGCGCCGGGAGAUCUCCCAGACCGUGGGGGUCGCCCCGCAACGCAUCAUGGUGUGGUUCCAGAAUCGCCGGGCCAAAUGGCGGCGGGUGGAGAAGGUGACCCAGAAAGGGGGCAGCAGGAGCCCAGUUGCCCUUGCCCCUGCAGGAGGGCAGGCCAGCUCUGGGCCUGCUGAGCCCCGCCCUGUGGCAUUCCGGAGUCCAGGGCCUGGCACCACUCACGAGGAGACCCCACUCAGCGCCCCUCCAGAGUCCCCUGUGCAGCUGGUGCCUGACCGGCCCCCAGGCCCCGGGGGGCUGAGCGAGGGCACUCACAGGGUGGCUGUGACGCCGCCGCUCUUCAGCCCCCCGCCUGUGCGCAGGCCAGGACUCCCCUUCCCCCUGGGCCCCAUGCCCACCCCCCAGCUGAUGCCUCUGCUACUGGAGGAGCCCCGCAGUGAUGGGGCUUCUAGGGACAGCCCCUGUGUGUCCUGGGGAAGCAGUACCAGCCUCUACCCCAGAAAUACCCCCCACCCCAGCACCAUCCCUCACCCCAGCCCCCUGGAAAAGCUUUGCCUCUACAUUGCUGCCCCACGGGGGCUGCCCGCUGGGGCCUGA